AUGUCGAAAAAUUCGGAUAAACCUCUUCAUAUGUUUCGACAAGUAUGGUCAAAAUUUGAAAACCGUGUGUCAACUAAACUUAAACCACGAGAAAAAUGGGUUCAUCCAAAAGACCGAAUUAAAAGGUGGAAAAUUUUAGAAGGUGAUACGGUGAAAGUUAUCGCAGGUGACGCUAAACAUCAAGUAGGGAUGAUUAAAUCGAUAGAUAUGUUUACAAAUAGAGUUUGGGUCGAAGGAGUAAAAAUGGGUAGAAUUACAUCUCCAAAUGAGAACUUGAAUUCUCCAAGUGAGUCUGAAAAAAAAGGUGGAUUGUGGUUAAGACCAACUCUGAAAGCGAUCCACGUAUCAAACGUUAUGCAUAUAUUUCCCGAUGAUUUGAAGGAUAAUUCUAUUCCAGAUAAAGAAAAGAGGCGUGUUAGAGUUAAAUGGAAAAAAAUCGAUACUGAUGGACAAGGUACGAUGAGAUGGCGACGUGUAGUUUGUGGAACGGAUGAUGUCGUCAUUCCUUUUCCACCAAGACCAGAAAAUGUAUUUAAAGCUGGUUAUGUUACUAAAAAGGAUGAAAUGAUAUCACAUGGUGUUAAGGCAAAGCGUAGAACGUGGAGAAAAGUUUAUCUAUAUUUAUGGGGUACGCUGUUACGAAUUUAUAAAAAUGAUCCACUUGACAUCCAUCGUGCAGUACCAAUAAGAGAAUUUGGUAUGGAUCGCGCAAAAAUAAAUUUAGCUAUUGACUACACUAAACGAUGUAACGUUCUCAGAGUUCUUAUAUCAACCGGUUAUCAAUUUAUAUUUCAAGUAACUAAUCGAGAUGAUUGUGUAUCGUGGAUCGAGAAAUUUCAAUCAUCUGUAAACAUUUCAUCUUCAAUCGAUGAUCGAGAGAUGCCAAUGUUUGUAACUUUACCAAUAAGACGUCAGAGGGGAGUUAAUAUAUUGCCAAUAGCUAUAAUUAGUGAUAGCAGUGAUAUAGGUGGAAGUAAUUCAAGUGAUAGGAAUAGUAGUUGUACUUAUAAUUCAACAUUUUCUGAAUUAGUUUUUGAUGAUAGCCGUGUGAGUGAUAGAUAUUCUUUAGCAAUUACAACUACUAAUGGAUCAACUUAUCAAGCUUUCGAAAGGAUUGCUAGAGAAUUGCAGCAAGUACAAGUUGAUGCUUUACCUAAUCAACAACUGAUAUGGUAA